GGAGGAGGCAGUAAACCACGUAAGCGAAUUUAGUCCGUGCGUGCAACGUAAGACUCCAAUUAGAACACGAAGCUCUCUUUUUUUCCCUUCUUCUUUCUCUGCUCUCUCUCUUAGAGAAACACUGAUAUAAUGCAGCAGAGAAAAAUACUUAGGAGAGAGAAAGCGCGAGUGAAUGAAGAGACUGAAGAGAGAGAAUAAUUUCGAAGCGAUGUCGAACAAUCAAAACUCAUCGGCGAUUGUGAACUUCUCCGACGGCAUUGACGAUGUUGAAGAUUUCGCGAAUGAGGGAGAAUCGUCGAUUUCGUACGAGAGAUUUCAGCAGGUUUUCGAGUUUGUGCAGAGCGGAAAUCAAGCCUUUCGCCGAGGAAGAUUUGAGGAGGCGAUUAAUUGUUAUUCCAAAGCCACUCUUGUCAAACCGGGUGAUCCUAUUAUCCUGAGUAAUAGAUGUGCUGCUUAUUUAAGGUUAAGCCAAUUUUUGAAAAGUCGGGCGCCUUCUGCUUCUGAAUAUAGUCCGUUGUAUGGAAUGGAUCCUACAACACAUGCUGAGCUUGCCUUGAAGGAUGCUGAAAAGGUCAUGAGCUGCAGAAACAAAUCUGUCAAGUCAUACAUUUUGCAAGCUGAUGCUCUUUUCUUGUUAGAAAGAUAUGAGCCGGCACGUGAUGCUGUUAUUGCAGGCCUGCAGCUGGAUCCACUCAGCACCCAUCUACAGGCUCUUCUUUCAAUAUUGGAGAGAACACUUACCGGUUUAGUUCGUGGAAGAAGCCGUGGCAAACCAGAACGUAGUGAUGAGUUUGAUUGUACCCUUUGCCUGAAGUUACUAUAUGAGCCAGUUACAACUCCAUGUGGUCAUUCCUUUUGUCGUUCAUGUCUAUUUCAGUCAAUGGACCGGAGUAAUAAGUGUCCCCUUUGUCGAACUGUGCUAUUUAUCACUCCAAGGGCGUCCGCAAUAAGUGUAACUUUGAACAACAUUAUACAGAAAAAUUUUCCGGAGGAAUAUGCUGAGAGGAAAUCAGAGAAUGACAAUUUGGUAAAGCUUGGUGUUGAUUUGGUGCCACUUUUUGUGAUGGAUGCUGUGCUCCCUUGUGAGAAAUUGCCACUCAAUAUAUUUGAACCUCGCUACAGGCUUAUGGUUAGGAGGAUAAUGGAAGGAAAUCAUCGGAUGGGAAUGGUAACAAUCGAUUCUACAACAGGUCAUAUAGCUGACUUUGCUUGUGAGGUGGAGCUAACCGAAUGUGAGCCACUUCCUGACGGGCGCUUCUAUAUAGAGGUUGAAGGACGUCGAAGAUUUCGCAUCCUCCGAUCCUGGGAUCAAGAUGGGUACCGCGUUGCAGAAGUAGAAUGGAUACUGGAUACUAAUCCACCUCAAGGAACCAAAGAAAGGACAGAUCUGCAGGAACUGUCAAGUAAUGCUGCAGAGUAUGCUCAAACGUGGAUGAUGAGGGCAAAAGAAGCAGCAAGACAAGAUCGAAGACGACUUGCAGAACUCCUUAAUGUGGAAGCAAUGAAGCCCUCACAUGAAGAUCCUGAGCGCUUCAGCUUUUGGUUAACCACAUUAACGAAGAGAAGGCCAUCAGAGAGAUUAGAACUUCUGCGGCUGAAAGACACAAAGGAGAGGAUACAGCGUGGAUUAAUUUAUCUAAGACAAGAAGAGCAAGGUUGUCGACUGCAAUAGCAAUAAUGGUUGUAAUUGAAUACUGUAAUUUUAUGAAAGAAAAUUAUCUUUCUUCUACAGGUUGCCCAUACGUUUCCGAUUGAUUUUUGAUCCAAAUGAUUGUAUUGGAUCCUCAAGCAAAACAGUAAACAUGUUGUAAUAUAUGGAGUACACCAAAAACGUUUGAUGAAGGGCAUACUAUUUAGAUACCUUUCUCGUACUCGAGUUUUCUUUCUAUAAAUUAUUGUCAUCGAACGUUGGAACUAAUUCAUUGUAUCAUUGUAUGCAUGUCUAUUUAUUUUCGGGC